AUGACGUUCGAUAUGAGCGUCCCCGCACUGCGUUCUAGCAGCAGUGAAACUCGUGCAGCGUUUCUCGCGUCGACUGCUGGUCCACGACGCGUCGUCUCCGGCAUUUCACGGCAAUCCACCUCCUUCGCUUCGGCUUCGGCGAUCCACGCUGCUUCUGUCUCAUUGAAUGGCGUCCGCUGCAGCAUGGAUCGCGAUGGCGCUGCCUGCCGUGCAUCUCACACAAUUGUUACCGAUGCUGGAUUUACUGAGACGAGUGACGCGGAGUCUCGAGCCCCAGUCGUGACGGUCGCGACAUUUUUGGCUGCCGCGAGUGUGGUUGCGAUGUUCGUCAUUGUCGCCGCUUGCACUCCCCUCGCUGCAUGCGCCACAGAGUCGCCGGGAGUGGAAUACGAGCAGCUUCCUUCCAACCCUGCCGCCAGGGCUUUGAACGAACUUUCCGAUUAUGCCCAGAGCGCCGGGCAGAAGGUCAAGGAACGGGCGGAGGAAACAGGACAGACAAUGGAGAGUCAAGCGAAGAAAGCAGGAGAGGUCCUGUCUGAAAGGGUGGAAGAGACGCGCAAGGGGGUCGCGGAUCAGGCCAAAGAAACGGUCAAGGCAGCAGGCGAACAGGCGGAGGAGUUGCGGGGAGCGACAGGCAGGCGCGCGGAGGAAUUGAAAGAGGCUGCUGGAAGGCGCGCGGAGGAACUCGGGGAGACUGCAGGCCAGCGCGCGGAGGAAUUGCGCGAGGCGGCUGGCAGGCGCGGGGAGGAGCUCGGGGGGGCGAUUACGGAGCAGGCAGAAGGGGCCGUGGAGAAAACGCGGCAAGGCCUCGGCGCAGCGGAAAAGAAGGCGGAGGAAAUUCUCGAGGAGGCGCGCGGGAGGGUGGAAGGGCAGGCGCGAAAAGGGGUUUCCGCCGCGCAGGAGAACGCGGAUUCAGCUGCUGGAUAUGUGAAGGAAGGGAUUGAGCAGGUGAAGGAGGAGGCGCCGGAGAGGGCGAGGGGGGUGCAGAAGGCGAGGCAGGAGGCUGGAAAGACAGCGGAGAGGGUCAAAGGGAGAGUGGAGGAGGGGGUAGAGGGAGCGAUGGGGAGAGCUGAGAGGGGCGUGGAUGAGGCGCGGAAGGGGAUGGUGGAAUCUGCGGAGCGUGCAGGGCAGAGGGUGAGGGAGGGCGGAGAGAGGGUGAAGGAGAGUGGGGAGAGGGUGAAGGAGAGUGGAGAGGCGGCAGGGCGUGGGAUUCUGGAUUCUCUCAAAGAAGGACUGCAGAAUCUGAGAGGUGGCUGA